UUGCGGCCUGGAACCGUCCCAGCUGGGAUUUAGGGAGCGCCGGCCACGUAGUCGCCUGGUGGUGUCCGCCCUCCUGUUGGUUUGUGCCCUGACCGGGUUACCUGCAGAUUUUUGGUUCUAGUGGGGAAAGCCAACCACGCGCAUGCAGCAGAACCGGUCUCCCCCUUUUAAACGAAAUACACAACUUUGGAGCAUUUUCCGGAGAACCACAAGGAGACCGUCUGGGGCCCGGAGAGGCUGGAGCCUACCCAGUCACCCGCGUUUCGUGCGUUUGGCUCCCAAGCCAGGCUAGGUUUGGAGCCAAAAUGACAACCUCUUUUAACCUUAGAUGAGAAAGGUAUGCUCAUCUUUGGCUACAGGCCCAAGACAAUAUGAUGGAACAUUCUAUGAAUUUCGUACCUAUUAUCUUAAACCAUCAAAGAUGAAUGAGUUCCUGGAAAAUUUUAAGAAAAAUAUUCAUCUGCGGACAGCACACUCUAAAUUGAUUGGAUAUUGGAGUGUAGAAUUUGGUGGCAGAGUGAAUACAGUGUUUCAUAUUUGGAAGUAUGAUAAUUUUGCUCAUCGAACUAAAGUUCGGCAAGCCUUGGCCAAAGAUAAGGAAUGGCAAGAACAAUUCCUUAUUCCAAAUUUGGCGCUCAUUGACAAACAGGAAAGUGAGAUUGCUUAUCUGGUACCAUGGUGUAAAUUAGAAAAGCCUCCAAAAGAAGGAGUCUAUGAACUGGCUACUUUUCAUAUGAAACCUGGUGGGCCAGCUCUGUGGGGUGAUGCAUUUAAAAGGGCAGUUCAUACGCAUGUUAAUUUAGGCUACACAAAACUAAUUGGUGUUUUCCACACAGAAUAUGGAGAGCUCAACAGAGUUCAUGUUCUUUGGUGGAAUGAGAGUGCAGACAGGCGAGCAGCUGGGAGACAUCAGUCUCAUGAGGAUCCCAGAGUUGUAGCAGCUGUUCGAGAAAGUGUUAACUUCCUAGGAUUUCAGCAGAAUAUGCUUCUGAUUCCUACAUCAUUUUCACCAUUGAAAUAGUUUUCUACUGAAGUAAAAAACAUUUAACUAACUGCAAUCAGAUUUGUCUACUAAUGGUGUUUAAUUCUCCUAAGAGAUUCUAACUUUUAUUUUAAGGAGGUAGUAAGUUCAUGUACUAUGUCCUUGCAUUUUGAAAGCUACAUGCAUCCUUUGUCACCACUUCAGGAAAUAGUUCUAUUCAUUUUCCCCAUGGCAUUUCCACAUCUAUCAUACAUUCAAAAUACUUGUCCCUACUUGACUGUUCAUUUGUUUCAGAAUAUUUCUUCUCUAUUCUGACAACACUUUAUAGCAUUUUCUUAUAUCCAAAUAAUGUUAAAUUUUCAUAUUUGUGAUGGUAUUUUUAAAUUAUUAAUAUGUAUUAUCAA